CCCAGGUUCAAGUGAUUCUCGCUCCUCAGCCUCCUGAGUAGCUCAGAUUACAGGUAUAUGUCCUCGUUUUGCUCAAGACCUUUGGCCAGAGCAGGGCAUGGAUGAUUCUUUUCAAAAAGUAAUACUGAGAAGAUAUGAAAAAUAUGGACCUGAGAAUUUACAGUUAAGAAAAGGCUAUAAAAGUGUGGAUGAGUGUAAGGUGAACAAAGAAGGUUAUAAUGGACAUAACCAGUGUUUCACAACUGCCCAGAGCAAAGUAUUUCAAAGUGAUAAAUAUUUGAAAGUCUUAUUUAAAUUUUUAAAUUCAAACAGACAUAAGAUAAGACAUACUGAAAAGAAAUCUUCCAAAGGUAAAAAAUGUGUCAAACCAUUUUGCAUGCUUUCACAUAAAACCCAACACAAAAGCAUUUAUCAUAGAGAGAUGUCCUACAAAUGUAAAGAAUGUGGAAAAACCUUUAAUUGGUCCUCAACCCUUACUAAUCAUAGGAAAAUUUAUACUGAAGAGAAACCCUACAAAUAUGAAGAGUAUGGCAAAGCUUCUAAGCAACUGUCAACCCUUACUACACAUGAAAUAAUUCAUGCUGGAGAGAAACUCUACAAAUGUGAAGAAUGUGGUGAAGCUUUUAAUCGACCCUCAAAUCUUACUACACAUAGAAUAAUUCAUAUGGAGAAACCUUACAAGUGUGAAGAAUGUGGCAAAACAUUUAUCUGAGGUCCUCAACCCAUACUGAACAUAAGAAUUCAUACUAGAGAAACCCUACAACUACAUGAAGAGAAUGUAGCAAACAUUUAUAUGAGUCCUCAACCUAACUAGACAUAAGAGGAUGCUGCACACACUGGAGAAACCCUACAA